AUGUCGAGUGGUUUUGGAGAAUCAACGAAUUCAGCAUCAUGUUCUUUAGAGAAGAGUUCCAACAAGGAUGCUGUUGAUUUUGAUUGCAACGUUUGUUUUGAUUUGGUUCGGGAUCCAGUGGUCACACCUUGUGGCCACUUAUUCUGUUGGCCGUGUCUUUACAGGUGGUUACAUCAUCGUUCUCGUUCCCGAGGAUGUCCUGUUUGCAAAGCCGUUGUCGAGGAAGAGAAAUUGGUUCCUAUUUAUGGUAAAGGAAAAUCGGUAACUGAUCCAAGAAUGAAAUCAUAUUUUGGGAUGGAGAUUCCUUGUCGUCCUUCGGCACAGAGGCCACCAACGGUUGAUGAUGAUGAUUACGAUGAUGAUGAUUACGAUGAUGAUGAUGAUUACCAUGAUAAUAAUGAUGAUGAUGAUGAGGAGGAGGAGGAAGAGGAACUUGUUGAGGGAGAGGGAGAGGAGGGAGAAGCGGAACUUGUUGAGGAAGAACGAGAGGAAGAGGAACUCGCUGAGGAAGAGGAAGAAGAACUUGAGGAUCCAGACUAUGUGGCUCCUCCUCCUGAGAAUCAUUCGUUGAUUCAUAUGUUGCUUGUGCGCUUCAAAGAGGAUUGUGAGUCUACACGGAAGUGUCUCCAGGAGUGUCGUGCGGCAGCAGAGCAGCAGUUGAAGGAGUGUCGUGCCAAGGCAGAGCAGCGUAUCGAGGAGUGUUGUGCGGAGUAUCUUGCAGAGGCAGAGCAGCGGAUCAAUGACUGUUGGGCUGAGGCAGAGCAGCGGAUCAAGGAGUAUCGUGCAGAGCACGCUACUGAUGCAGAGUAG